CCCCAGCCAAGGAGGAUAGAGCCUGGUGCCGUGUUGAUCACUGGCUGCCUUCUUCUCCUCCUCUUCCUCCUCCUCUUCCGAGCCUCCUCAGGCCAGGGCCGCGGGCGCCUCCCCCCGGGGCCAGCCCCCCUGCCCCUGUUGGGGAACCUGACCCAGAACAUCCUCCCGCUCUACCAAUCCUACCACCGGCUCUGCCAGGAGUACGGCCCCAUCUUCACCGUCUGGCUGGGCCCGAGGCCCGCGGUGGUGCUGUGCGGGUACGAGGUGCUGCGCGAAGCCCUGGUGGAGAACAGUGAUGCAUUCAGUGGGCGGGGGCCCAUCCCCUUGCUCAAGGAGCUGAACCACGGCUACGGAUUAGUAGACAGCAAUGGCGAGCGCUGGAGGCAACUCCGUCGGUUCACCCUCACCACCCUCCGGAACCUGGGCAUGGGCAAGAAGCCGCUGGAGCAGCGGGUGCAGGAGGAGGUGUGGCACCUCGCCCAAGCUGUGGCUGACAAACAAGGGCGCCCGUUCAACCCUGUGCUCGACCUCACCCGGGCCGUCGCCAAUGUCAUCUGCUCCGUGGUGAUCGGGACCCGCUUCAGCAGCGACAACGAGGAAUUCCAGGAGCUCCUGCGUCUCAUCAUGUCCAACAUGUGCUACUUCCGCUCCCUUCAGGCACAGCUGUACAAUACCUUCCCAGGUAUCAUGCACUUCCUGCCCGGCCAGCACUGGCGGAUAUUCAGGGAAUACAAGCACAUCAAAAACUUCAUCCAGGCCCAGGUGGCAUCCCAUCAGCGCAGCCUGGACCCCAGCGCCCCCCGCGACCUCAUUGACUGCUUCCUCCUGCAGCAGGCCACGGAGCAAGGGAAGGAGCAGACAGAGUUUGAGGAUGAGAACCUGACCGCGCUGGCCAACUCCCUGUUCAUCGUCGGCAUGGAGACCACCAGCAACACCGUCUACUUUGCCCUGCUGGUGCUCAGCAAGUUCCCGGACAUGCAAGCGCGGGGGCACGGGGAGCUGGACAGGGUGGUGGGCAGGGCCCGGCCCCCAGCCCUGGAGGACCGGCUACAGCUGCCCUACACCAACGCCAUGCUACAUGACCUCCAACGCUACCUCGACCUGGUGCCCAUGAGCCUGCCACACGCCACCACCUGCCCAACCUCCUUCCGGGGGUACCUCAUCCCGCAGGGUACGACCAUCAUCCCUCUCCUAGCCUCGGUGCACUUCGACCCAGCCAGCUGGGAGACCCCGGAGGAUUUUAACCCGGGUCAUUUCUUAGAUGAGAACGGAGCAUUCAGGAAGAGAGACACGGCCAUGCCCUUCUCUGCAGGGAAGCGCGUGUGUCCCGGCGAAGGGCUGGCCAAGGCGGAGAUCUUCCUGUUCAUAACCACCCUGCUGCAGAGCUUCACCCUGGAGCUGCUCACGGACCCCAGGGCCAUCGACUUGGCCUCGCUGCGGAGGGUUUUCCGGGGCCAGGGCCUCACCUACAAGCUCCGUGCCAUCCCACGCCCAGCGUAGAGCGGGGCAGGGCGGGAAGAGGCCAGACCCAGAUGUCUUCCAUGCUGGGGUCCCUGGAGUCACAUCAGUCCCUCUGGGCCAGCUCCUGAUCUCAUUUACACUGUGGUGUACAUCCAGAGUAACUCUCCUUUCCCAUUAAUGCUCCCGGGGCCAGCUCCUGAUCUCAUUUACACUCUGGUGCACAUCCAGAGCGACUCUCCUUUCCCAUUAAUGCUCCCGGGGCCAGCUCCUGAUCUCAUUUACACUGUGGUGCACAUCCAGAGUCACUGUCCUUUCACACCAAGUCUCUCUCCUUUCACACCAAUGCUGCCAGGGCCAGAUCCUGAUCUCAUUUUCACUAUGGGGUAAAUACUCCGCUGACUUCACUGGAGUAGGAACCAGACUGGAAUCGCAUGUAAAUCUGGAACACCUUCCUGGAUGGCAGCGGAGUCACUCUGAAGUGACUGAGAUCAGAAUCUGCCUUUGUGAAUUCAGAUCUACACACCCAUGAUGCACAGGCUAGCACGCAGCUGUUCCGGGAUGGAGCUUGGCCCCCUGACUUCUAAUCCUGUCCCUAACACUGGCCUGCUUGGGCAAGUCACAUCUUGGCUCGGUGCCUCAGUUUCCCCUCCCUAAUAAUUAACUAACCCCAAGGAUCAUUAACCCUGGCACUGCUAGGUUGUGGUCAGCACCUUUGAACCUGCUUUUCCUAGUGCUGAAUUCUUCUGGAUGUGUUUCCCUGAGAGCCAUCCUCAGCGCUCAGCCACGGUUUCUCUGUCUCACGCGUGCUGUCUGCUCGUAGUUCGCUUGUAGAAAUGCCCUGGGGGUGUAUCUCAGCAUUGCUGCUCACUGCGCUUCCAGAAAAUUGACUGACAGAAUGAACGAAAGAAAAGACCAGAACGCUUGGCAAUGUCUUUGUAUGUUUUGUGUGUAUCAGUGAGACAAUGGGGAAAGACAAACCGGUUAAUAUCAGACAUGUGGAAGGAUGGGGGGUGGGUCAGACUUUGAGUAACUCACUUCCUGUCUCUGGGCCUCAGUUUCCCACUGCCUGUCCUGCGUCUCUCUUGUCAGUUUUUUGGAGGUGGGAACUCAGCACCAAGUGAUCAGGGAAGUGGGUCAGGUGCUGGACAGGACUCAGGAGCCCUGGGUUCUCUUUCUGCCACUGAGCGACCAGGCCCCACUGUGUGCCUCCGUUUCCCCUCCCACCCUUUGUCUAUUGAGACUAAGCUCUUGGGGGGCAGGGACUGUCUCUCACUCUGUACCUGUGCAGGAUUGCGCCCCACUCUCAACCGGGGCCGGUAGGUGCUACCGUAAUACACCUAAUAAACACCACCACUUAGCACUUGUCAGCGGUGGAUCUCAAAGUGCUUUACAAAGGAGGACAGUGAGGAAACGGAGGCAUCGAGCGGGGAAGCAAUUUCUCCCCGCACCCCCACAUGCUUAGAAAAGAAAAUAGCUCCCUGCCAAGGGGCAGAGAAGUGAAGCCCUGUCUUGGGUCAGAAACCAUCAUCUUCGAGCCAGAGACCGGUAAUUUUCAAUCUGGCGAAAGGUUAAGUAUCGGCCGCCCUGCAGAUCUGUAGGGAGGCCGUGGCACCUGUGGGUUUUUAUUAACAAUGUAGGGACGGCAUAGACUCAGAUGAGUGGGUGACACGAAAUGAUAUGUUUACUUUAGCGAGCGCUAGGAGAAGCCGGCGGGGAAUUGAUUGCUGAAGUGCAAGCGAGGGGGUGCUCAUCGCAAAGGGCAAUGGGAGCUGCGCAUUCGAGCUGAUGAGCUCUCAAUAAAGAGCGAGCAUGCGGGGAAAACCAUCUCCCCGACAGCUCGGCGAGAGGCAGCCGCUUGAUGAGCACCACGAAAGCCGGAGGGACAAGCGGCUGGGCUGAAAGUGAUAUUGAUGAUAGCAUCACAGAGGCGUAGCAUGCCCGUCCCCCCAACAGCAGCCUGCUUCGGCUCAGCAAGAGGGGAGCCAGGCAAGAGAAAUGAAGAGGGGUUGAAAAGAACAAGGCCAUUCCGGGAGAGAAGAAAUCAGAAGGAAUGUGGCUAGAGGCAUGUACAAUCCAGAAAGGUAGCCGGGUGCCCCUGUUGGCCCGGAUUAUUGUCAAACAAGGCACUGAUCACUCCUCAGAGUCGCGGGCUGCCCAGGGAAAUUGAAAGGCAACUGAUCGAAGGACCGCACCGUUAACCUGUGGAACUCACCGCCACAAGAUGUCACUGAGGCAGAGAGCUGGUAUCCUCAAGACUGAACAGUGCGGCUGGGCUCACAACUUCCUGAUCACUCCCAUCUGGCUGGCAGAUAGAGCAGGCUUAUGUCCUUGCUGUGCCAUGCACAUCAUGGGAGGUAGAAGCAAGGGCUACACAUGUACCUAGAUAGCAGGGUCACCCAGAGGUAUGUCGGCUAGGAUAAAAAUGUAUCGGGAACAAACACACUCCUAGGAGGGAGGCAGUGGAUAGAGCACUGGUCUGAGACUCAGGACAUCUGGGUUCUAGUCCACUGGUUUGUUCGGCAACCUUGGACCAGUCACUUCCCCCCCUCUGGGCCUCAGUUUUCCCCACCUGUAAAAUGGGGGUAUCAAUACCGGCCUCCUUUGUAAAGCCUCUUGAGAUCUCCCCGCUGAUAAGAGUGAGGGAUUAUUAUUAGCUGGGCAAGAACUACCCUGCAGGCAGGUUUUGCAAUAUUUGAAACCAGCACCUGUCCCUCCAGAAUGGGCGGGGGGGGCUGUCUCCUGGAAAGCAGGGACGCUAGAAAAGAUUUAUUGACCAUGGCAGACAAGCAGCUCAGCGUGAGGUCCCCGGGUGGCGCUGGGCCUAGCAGGGCUGAUGCCGUCCUGGGCUGUAUACAUGGUGUCAGCGAUGGGAUUCCACCUCUGCGCACAACCUUGAUGAGACCAAUACUGGGCUACUGCGACCAGCUCUGGGGACCAUGUUUUCAAACGGGCGUUGAAGGCCUGUGAAGGGGCAGAGCAGAGCCACAAAAAUUCUUUGAGGGUGGGAGAAAAUGCCCAGUGGUGAGAGACUUCAGGAGCUCAGUCAAAGAGAAGAGACAGAGAGGUAAGUCAAGCCCAGUGUGUAAACACCUCCACGGGGAGAACCUAUCGGAGACUAAAACUGCCCUUCAGUCUCACAGAGAAAGGCAGAACACGUGGCAAUGGCUGAAGGUCAAACCCAGACAGAUUCCCGCUGGAAAUCAAGCCACGAUUUUUCACAGUGCCGGCAAUUAACCGUUGCAAUGAACAUCACGGGGAAGGGGUGAAUUCUCCAUCUCUGGAGUCGGAUCCCAGCUGGCUGCCUUUCCGGAGGAGGUGCAUUAGCCAAACUCAGCACCAAGGGGUCAGAAUGAAAGUCUCUGAUCUGUUACACGGGACAGGCACUAGAAGAUCUAAUAGUCCCUUCAUGCCUUACAAAUCUACCCGCCUAGAAAGUAAGACUCUGGGAUCAGGUGCAUUUUCUGGCCUUCCUGCUCUAUGACUUAGAGACAUUUCUUUUUUCAAACCAAGUGAUAUCCCCCAAACCCUUGGCUGCCUUCUGGCCUUCAAACCCCUGAAUCAAUUCAUCUGGCCCAGCUAGUCCAAAGGCCCAUCUCUGACAGCGGCUGGUCUCAGCUGCGUCAAAGGAAUCCUGUCCCUCUCUCGGCCUGUAGCCAUGAGUUCCACAGGCUAAUUUGGCCUGGUGUUUAAAAAAAACAAAACAGCUCUUCCUUCCAUCAGCUUUAAUCUGGCCACGUGUGGGCGGCCAGCAUCGGUGGGGACAGUCCACCAGUUUAGAGGCAACCGUUUCCAUCAGAUUUUCUUUUUCUAAUUUCUGUUGGGAUG